AUGGAUGCUAUUCUAGGGAUCCAAGAAUUGAAGAUGUCAGAGGAUAAACAAGGAGCAGGCGAUGUGCGAGCUUGUGGUGAUUCCACUCCAGUGUCGCGAACAGGAAUAUGUAUGAAUGUAGAGGACUGGAUAUCGGCCUCCAAGCAAGUAAUGCAGGAUGUUGACAUGGGUAAGGUUGUUCCAUCUCCGAUAUUACAGUGUAUUGCUACUAAUGUCACUUAUACUAUGGGCAAAGAGAAGAGUAUUACAGGAAAAGGUGUUAUGAGUCAGGAGAAGAUUUCAGGAGUCAAAAUUGAUGAUGAGGAUAUAGCUGAAGAGGUGAAUUAUUGGCAAUCUUCCAUAGUCUGCUAUGUGCUUGGUGCAAAUCCACCAAUUCGAAUUCUGGAAGGCUUUGUGAGGAGGUUAUGGAAAGACCAAGUAGACAAAGUUAGGGUUCUCUCAUCAGGUAUUUUCAUAAUACGAUUCUUGUCUAUGGAAAUGAGGAAUAGAAUAUUGGAUGGAGGCUAUUUGUUUUUUGGGAAAAAACCUCUGAUAAUGAAGCCUUGGAAUCCUGUUGAUGAUUUCUCUAAAGAAGAUAUUGAUUCAGUUCCGACCUGGGUUCAAUUGGGAGGUCUGGAUCUUAAAUACUGGGGUGAGAGGUCACUUUUCAAGAUAGUGGGUCAGAUUGGGAAGCCAAUUCAAGUUGACUCCAUUACUAAAAACAGAGAUCAAUUAGCUUAUCCCAGGAUUCUUAUUGAGGUGACCAUGACACAGGAAUUCCCAUCACAAAUCAGUUUCUGGAAUGAAUUUGACCAGGAAGUUGAUAUAUUUGUAGAAUAUGAGUGGAAGCCCACUAUCUGCACGAAUUGCUCUGGCUUAGGACAUGAAGCUCACAUAUGCAGGAAGAGUAAGUCAGUCAAUCAGGAAUGGGUUCCCAAACAGAGGGUCUCAUCACCAAAUGCAAGUAAAGCCAAUGUGGAUGAAGAAGGAUUUCAACCAGUUACCAAAGGAGUUAAGAUACAGGAAUCUAUAGUUAAUCAAACGAGUGUGAAUAACAAAUUUUGUCUGCUGGAAGGGGAUCCUGAGAUAGAUCUGUUACAGAGGAGUAAUACAGGAAGAGAGGGGGGAGGACCCUCUACACGAAAUGGAUAG